AUGUCUACAGACGUAACAGAGCAUUCUUGUCGUAUUUGCCGUGGUGAGGCAACACAAUCCCAACCACUUUAUCAUCCUUGUAAAUGUCGAGGUUCCAUUAAAUAUGUUCAUCAGGAUUGUUUGAUGGAAUGGUUAAAACAUGCCAAUAAAUCAACUGAAAAAUGUGAUAUCUGUGACACUCCAUACAAAUUUAGAAUAAUUUAUGAUCCAGCCAUGCCCCAAUCGGUGCCAUUGAGUUUAAUAUGGAUGAAACUUCUACUGGUACUAUCAUCAACUAUAUUCAAAGCCAUUGCAAUCUCCCUUUACAUACUAUGCAUUUUGAUCCAGGUGCCCUUGUUUUUGAAAUUCACCGGUAGGGUUUAUACCUGGGCCAUCGAUGGCAGCUUACCGGUAGCCAACCAAAAAUUAUUGGAUGCAUUAUUUUUUGGCGAAUACGAUAUCAAGGGAUAUUUGUCAAAGUUUUCUCCAGAUACCUACCCACCUAUACAAUUGACAUUGAUCAAAUUGCAAAAAUUUUUGAGUUACACGUACUUUAGUGGGGUAAGAUAUAUUGUGGCUGCUAUUAUUGUUCAUAUUGCAUUGUUUAUCGAACGUGAAUGGGUUGUUCGUGAUGAAGGAUAUCUUAAGUUGUUGUACAAGAAGAUUGGUAAAGAGCCAAGGACAAAAUUGGUGGAUAUGUUGCAGAAUGCGUUGCAAAGUUUAAGAAAUGACGGGAAUAAUGGCGACGCCGCUGCUGCUGCCCAUUUGGAACGUUUGGAAACUUUGGCUCAGGCUAUCAAUGAUUUGCAAAACGAAAAUGAGGAUAUGAACGUGGCUGCCAGAGGCGAGGAAGGAUUGAGGAGGGCAAUUAACGAAAAUCAAUUGUUUCCCGAUGAAGACCAACCUGCAGGUGAAGCCGGUAUUCAUAAUAUAGAGCCGGUUGUUAGAGAACAAGUACCAGCAGCAGUUGCUCCUCAGAGAAAUUUUAUUCAUGAUAUAUUUGGUGAUGAAAAUGAAGAGGAUGACCAUGGCGACGAUCACUAUGGUGGUCAUGAUACAGAUGAUGAACCAUUUGACGACGAUGAAGAUGUCGACGAAGAUGAUGAAGAGGCUGCUGCAAUUGCCGCUGCUGCUGCGGCAGCUGCAGAUAAUGUGAAUGGUAAUGGCAAUAAUCAGGAACAGGCAGGGGCAAUUGUUGAAUUUCUUGAAAUGUUUGGCAUCACAUUGUCAGUGAAAACGCCAGUAUAUCUCAUGGUCAUUAUUGAUUGUGUUAUUGUUUUGUACUUGUUUUUGAUUUAUCUCAUUCCGCAUAUGUUGGGUAGCUUGCUUGCUAUCAUUACUAAUCUUGUUAUUCACACUAUUGGUUUGUCAUUCGUUUAUUUGAACUUUAAAGUCGAUGCCAGUGUUCUUGGUCUGGCUGUUGGGUACUUGGGAUUUAUCAAUCUGAAUUUGAUCCAACCCUUGACAGCAGCUAUUGACCGUUUGUUCAUCAGCAGGGGCCCAUAUACUUGGACUGACAGAGUGUUUUUGCUUUCUGUUGGAUAUGGUAUCGUUGGGUUUGGAAUUUACAAAGCAAUGCAAAUGAUUAGAGGAACUGACAAUGGUAAACCAAUUACAGGUACCCCUCGUAAAGUGUACAAGGUGUUGUUUGAGAUUGCAUGUACUCUUAAAGUUGCUGUUGUGCUCAAAACUGAGAUUGUCUUGUUUCCUAUCUUUUGUGGAUUAUUGUUGGAUUUCACCGCGAGACCGUUUAUCCCAGACGUCAAGUAUAUUCUUGCAAGUUCCCAUUACGAAACUCUCCAGGUAGCCUAUAUUAGAUUGUUAGUUUACUGGGGUGUGGGCACCCUUUUUAUGGUACUUUUGGCAAUGUUGGUUGAUUCCGCCAGAAAGAAUGUUUUGCGUACUGGUGUCCUUUUCUUUUUGAGAACACCAGAUGAUCCAAAUAUUAGAAUUAUUCAUGAUGCAUUGGUUGUUCCACUUAAAGUCCAAGUGAAAAGAAUUUAUUUGACUGGUAAGGUAUACUUUUUCUUUAUUGUUUGCUUAAUUUACUCAUCUACUUGGUGUAUGUUUAAGUUGAUGGGUGGUCCAGAUUAUAACUUUUUUGUGGUGUUGACCUUGUUCUCUAUAACAAUGAUCACACUUCGAGAUGAAAUGAAGGACUUUGGAUUGGUUUACUUAACAAGAGUAAUUCAAGUAGUGGCACACCGUUUAAGAUUGAGCCAUUAUGUCAUUGGGUUUAACUCUGCUGAGGAAAGAGGUUUUGUCAAAAGAUGGUACCAUAUUGGCCCAGCAGUAUCGAUUUCCACUGAAAAUGGUACAUUUGUACCAGAUGGUCAUUACAUGAGGGUCCCUUCUCUGGACAGCAUUCCAAAAAAGUAUUUAAACGGAAUGUUUAUUCGUGUCACGAAAUCAGAUAUUCCUAUAGAGCCUAUCCCUGAUCCAGCCACAGCUGGUACUGGUGAUAACGAAGAAGACUAUGAAGAAAGUGACAUUGAUUUUGAACCAAGUUACACUGUCGUUUAUGUUCCUCCUUAUUUCAAAGUAAGAGCAUACUUAUGUUUGAUUAUCAUUUUCAUGUUUGUUAUUUUUGUCCCAUUAGUUACAAUUUAUUGUUCCUGUAAGGCAUUGGGAAUGGCAUUAAAUACGGUUCAUGUGCCAGUAAUCAAGCCAACGGGAACAUAUAUUUUUGCCGCCAUCAUGGUUGGUACUACAACAUUCGCUGCAUUCAAAUUGAUUCAAAGAUUAUCUGUUUUUUUCAACAGCUUACAAGAUGAGGUUUUAAAGGAAAACUAUAUGAAGGGGAAGGAGUUGGUUAAUGUAGAAGAGGAAUAA